AUGCGAAGCGGCCUGUCUGCAGGAGUGGUGCAGCCCCUGGCAUCGCAGCAGACACCCUUAGACUUAGAUGCAGAAGCUUUGCUCACAAGAUCCUCCCGGUCACGGCCUUUCAGACUUGAGGACGAGGACGCGGGCAGGAUGGGAUCGCCGCGUCCGCGGGGCAAGCGGCAAAAGCUCUCCGAGAGCCCGAGCCCGUCGCGGCUCAGAGGUCAAGCUCUGCUUCAGUGGCUCUGGAAGCGUCGUCUGGACAGAGGGGUUGAGACUGCAGGCAAAGCCGGGGAAGUGUCCGGUGGUGGGGACGUGGAGUCUGUUGCAAGGCCCAUCCGCAAUGCAAAGCAGCUGCUGCAAGAACAGCUCAAGCAGUUCAAGCUGCUCUUAGAGAACCGGGAGAGCCCGGAGACUGAGUUUGGGCUGUCGGCUGCACCUCCUCUGGUGACCACAAGGCCAUAUCGCAAGAACCAGAAGGCGCCCUUGGAAGGCGGCACAGUUCUCCUGCCUCCCACCUGCCUGCAAGUCGACGCCCUCUUGGGGGCGGAAGCGACGGACGCCUGGGACAAAGUGCAGCGGAAGGUCCUAGUGGAGGCGAAGAGGGCCGAGCGCCGGAGUGCUCAGGCGGCCAAGGCUCCGAGCGGGGCUGUUUCCUGCUUUCUGCCCUGGAGGAGCCUGGAGGUGUCCUUGGAGGCUUUCUUGUUCCAGAAGGCGCAUCUGCAGCUCCAGAAGCGCUGUGAUCUGGAGCCCGGUCGACGAGUGCUGAUGCGACAGCUCGGCGGGCAGCCGACGGCGGGUCUCUUCGAAGACCCAGCCGCAGGGUCGGCGAUGGCCAACGCGGCCCUGAGCGCCGCUCUGGUGGGAGUCUUGCCUGCCGAGAGCACCGGCAACGAGUUCCAGGCCGCGACUUUGCUGCCGAGCAGGCGGAGCGGUAGCUUGGCAGAGCUCGUGGAGGCCGCAAGGCCUGGUCUCCUCGGAAGGUGGCAUCCCUGCCCGGCCCUGUCUGUGCCCACCGGUUGCAAGGAUGCCCUCUUAUGCACGCGGCUCUUUCGGGACACCUGCGUGGGCCUCACCAGCACCUUUGCAGGGCGCAUGUCAAGGCAAGGGCUCACAGAAGAUCAGCCUUUGGCACCCUCCGGUGGCCAGGAGCACUGUUUCUGCAACAUCUGUUCCGAGUGGCUCUCCCGCAGCAGCCAUAAGUCGCAUCAGUGCCAAUCGCAUGUGGGCAAACCACAAGCGAAGACGAAGCCUCGGCUCAAGAUCUUUCACCAGUCCUGGGAUGGUCUGGAGUUCCCACUCUCCUUCCAGCACAGCCGCCAGACAGUGGAGAUUUCCUGCGAUGCCGUCCUUGAGAAUGCCUUCAAGCGGCUUCUGUGGCCCCAGGUGUGGGAACCGAAGCAGGUAAGCAGCAGCUGGCGUCUGACAAAGUCUCAGAGCGAGCCCUGCCAAAGCUCUCCCAUUCAGAAUCUGAGCCUCAAGGUGCCCUACGAGAACUUGACGCAGCCUGGGCGGUUCCUCCUCUCUUCGUCUCAGCUGGCUUUGCUAGGUUGGAUGCGGCAGCAAGAGCGACAAUCUCUUUUCAAGUCCCAGCAGACCAUCCGUCAAGGCCUCUGCGAGACGGAUCUAGCGCUGGAGCUGCAGCUCGCUCGCGAGUUUGAGUUCUGUGGUGGCCUUGUCCUCACCAGGGCCCCGAACGAAGAGCCCUACUUCGACAGGGCUGUGGCGACCUGUAUCCUGGCCCUGAUGGAGGAUGCUGAAACUGCCAAGCCAAGUCCCAUGCUGAACAAGCGCAGGUGUCGUCUCGAAGCCACGGGCACGCUCAUCCUCGUACAGCAGCAGAGUCUCCCAUAUUGGCAGCAAGCAUUGGAGGCCUCUCCCCUGUCGCGCCGGCGCGUGGUCAUCGUUGCCAACCAGCGUAAGAUGCGAAGUCUCACCGUCGCCGAGGUAGUGGAGGCUGACUUGAUCUUGGUGUCCGUGCAGCUCUUCAGUUCAGAAGCCUAUCAGCGCCACUUCGACAGCCUCUCAAAGCCAGGGCUACAAGUUUGGGAUGCGUCGUCGCUGCAGAAGCGGAUAGAUACCGUCCAGGGCCAGGGCGACACAGAGCCCGAGGAGCUGUGCCAAGACGUUGAGGGCAGCUUUGAGCAGGGUGAUUUGGUUACCCUCCACGGACUCAUCGCAAAGGCCCACCUCAACGGCCGCCGCGGCCAGUUGAUCGGUUGGCAGGAGGACACGGGGCGCUGGUCCUGCUUGCUGGAGGCACCGAAGUCAGCCAAAGUGCCGAAGCCCACAGCCAAGAGAAAGAG